GGCUAAACUUAAGCUUUUCAGAGCUCGCGUGGACUUCUGCAUUGAGGGUUCUUUUUCUGACUACAAUCACCUCAAGUUCAGCUUUCAUCAAAUCCGUUGAAAGACAGCACCCGUUGUGGAGGAAUUUAGAAACUGUGAUGACACUCUUCUGCCAGUAGGGGGAGCAGUAAAGCCUCAUUUGGAGUAUGGGUCCUUGAGAACCGCUCUUAUCUGAACCACAGGAUGCCGAGCACAGCUCCUUCCUCCGCCAUCCCUCCUGGCUCUCAGUGUGCCACGCCACCCCCCGUGGCCCCCUGCCCCUCCCCACCAUGCCCAGGUCCAGUGGAGGGUGGGGUGACCCUGCGCUCCCCGGCCACACGGCACCUGACCCACCUGGACCCCUGGAGGAGACACAGCUGGGAGCCCGGGGCAGUGGUUGUGAGGCAGCAGAAGGCCGACCCGCAGAACGACAUCCGCAGUGUGAGUCUGGAGAACCUGGAGCCUGGGGAGAUGGAGAAGGUUCUGGGUUCCGUCCUGGGGACCCGGCGAAUGCGGGACCCCCGUAGGACCCCCAUCACCCAGGAAGGCUCCCUGUCCUCGCUCACAGAGGAGGAGGUGGGCUUUGACCCACAGCACUACUCUCUACUGGAGGAGCAGGCGAACAAGCUGCAGGGCUGCAGUGCCUCAGCGCCCAGCCUCAGUGUGGAGCGUCGCUCCACACUCAAUAAUUCUGCCCCCCGGCCACGCUCCAACUGCUAUGAGACUUUACCACACUACCAACUCGGAGGAUCCACGCAGAGUGUGGGUAGUGACCUGGGGCUCCUGCACUGGGAGAAGGAGGGAAGCUGGACGGAGAUCGAGAGAGGGGAGGACAAGGAGGAGAGGACUGGCAGCCCUCUGGAACGGACUCUCAGUUUCUUACGCAAGAUGGCGGGCAAUCGCAAGAACAAGGAGAAGGAGCGCAUGAGGGAGCGAGAGAAAGAGGCUCGGGAGAGGGAGGCUCGCUACAGCAACGGCCACCUCUUCACCUCCCUCACCAUCUCUGGUACCACGCUCUGCUCAGCCUGCAACAAGAGCAUCACCGCCAAGGAGGCCCUGAGCUGUCCCACCUGCAACGUUACCAUCCAUAACCGCUGUAGAGACACACUGCCUAACUGUGCCAAGAUGAAACAGAGGCAACAAAAGAUGGCUCUCAUGAGGAACAACUCUUCUAACGUUACUCUUCGUACCAAAACCCCCCUGAUGCGGGAGCGGCCCAGCUCGGCCAUCUACCACUCAGACAGCCUCCGCCAAUCCCUGCUGGGCUCCCGUCGUGGACGCUCCGGCCUCUCCCUCUCCAAGAGCGUCUCCACCAAUAAUAUUGCAGGGAGCCUGAAUGAUGACUCUCCCCUGGGCCUGCGCAGGAUCCUGUCCCAGUCCACAGACUCCCUCAACUUCAAGAACAGAGCCAUGUCCAUGGAGUCUCUCAACGACGAGGGAGAAGUCUACUACGCCUCGAUGCUGGAGGAGAUGGAGAUAGAGGGGCGGGACUUUGAGGCCGACUCCUGGAGCAUGGCGGUGGACUCCGCCUACCUCCAGACGCAUCGUAAAGACGUCAUCAAGAGGCAGGACGUCAUCUACGAGCUGAUCCAGACGGAACUGCACCACGUGCGCACGCUGCGCAUCAUGGAGCGGGUGUUCCGCCAGGGCAUGCUGGAGGAGGUGCAGCUGGAGCCGGGCGUGGUGCACGCCAUCUUCCCCUGCCUGGACCGCCUGAUGGCGCUACACGGGCGCUUCCUGGCGCAGCUCCUGACCCGGCGCAACCACAGCCUGGAGCCGGGCUCCUCGUACAACUUCACCAUGCACCAGCUGGGCGACGUGCUGCUGGAGCAGUUCUCAGGCCAGUAUGCUGAUGAGAUGAGGAAGACUUACGCCGAGUUUUGCAGUCGACACCUGAAGGCUGUAAAACUGUACAAGGAGCUGCUGGCCAGAGACAAGAGGUUCCAGUACUUCAUACGGCGGGUGAGUAGAGGUCAGCUGCUGCGUCGCCAUGGUAUCCAGGAGUGCAUCCUGUUGGUCACCCAGCGCAUCACCAAGUACCCGGUCCUAUUCCAGCGUAUCCUCGACAACACCAAAGACAACGAAGAGGAAGCUCAGUCGUUUGUCCAGACUCUGGUUGCGGUCAAAGAACUGCUCAGCUCGAUCGACCAACAGGUUCUGGAGCUGGAGCGGACCCAGAGGCUGCAGGAGAUCCAGGCUCGGUUAGACCCACGAGCCGAAGCCAAGGUGAGAGAUGGGCAGCUGUUCCGAGGAGGCGAACUGCUCAGGAGAAGGCUCAUCCACGAGGGCACGCUGCUCUGGAAAAACCCUGGCUCCAGGCUCAAAGAUGUGCAGGUCCUUCUGAUGACAGACAUCCUCGUUUUCCUGCAGGAGAAAGACCAGCGAUACAUUUUCCCAUCUCUGGAUAAGCCUCCAGUCUUGUCUCUGCAGAACCUAAUACUGAGGGACAUAGCCAAUCAGGAGCGAGGUCUUUUCCUCAUCAGCGACUCCUCCCCUCCAGAGAUGUAUGAGGUCCACGCAGCUUCGAAAGAGGACAAAAACACCUGGAUACGCGUCAUUCAGCAGACAGUUAGGAGUUGUCCAUCUCGAGAGGAGUUUCCUCUCAUAGAGACUGAGGACAAGGCCCUUCUGAGAAGACUGAAAGCUGACAUCCAGCAGAAGGACCGAGAGGUGUUGGAACUUCUCCAGGAGAGGGUCACCCUUUUCUCUGACCUGGCCGAGGUCACAGGGGGUCAAGAGGUCACACUGCCCCCCAACUCCCGCAACCUGUUCCGGGCCGACACGCCCCAAGCCCCCCGGGGAGAGAAACUACUCAUGGACGCCAUCGCAGAGGUGGACAGGCUGAGUGAGAUCCUGCUGGGCUCAAACUUUGAGAUCCCUCUCCCCUGCACUUUCACCAGACAGCAGAACCACACGGGGGCGCUAGUGAUAAAUGGUCAGGAGAUGGUCAUCAAUGGAGCAAACGAGGCCCCAGCACCAAAGGAUCGCAAUGGGAAUCAAACAGGAGAAAAGCCGCCCAAUGAGGAAGUAUGUCAGAGGCUGGUUAAUCUUAGUGCCCAUCUUCACGCUCUCCAGGCUGCUGUGAUAAAGCAGGACUCCAUCCUGGAGCGGCCCGAGGCGGCAGCCCCCGCGGGCAGGGUGUGGCGCUCCCUGUCCCGGGACGCAGGCAUGGCUGAGGCCAGCACAGGGGCAGCCAUUGGGGAGCUGACCCUGCUGCAGAGACAGCACAGCCUGCUCCAGGAGGAGCUGGGCAGGCUGAGAGGGGCCGAGGGCCGGCUGAAGGACAGUGAGAAGGCCCGCGUCCAGCUGGAGAGGCAGGUCCGCGACAUGAAGGCCAACAGCACCCCCGUCGCAUCUGCGGAAGGUCCCGGAAGCUCAGAGAAGACACCAACUCCACGCAGAGGGAGUGAGACAGCCCCCAGCGGCGACGCUGCAUUGGCUGGCCAGGAAUCCGUCGACCAGUCAGACGGCCUGCAGGACUGCAGCGAUGUGGAAGUGGACGUGACGUCAGACGAGGAGGAUGAAAAAGUGUCACCGCGCUCCGAGAGCCCCCGAGAUCUCCAGGACAUUCCAGAAGAGAGCGAAGCAGGAACAGACCCACGAGAUACUAACGUGUCACAUUGCUAAUGACCGCUAUUCAAACAUGGCCUUCAAAAUAUUUGGACCCAUUGUCACUGAAGACCGACUUCCCACAAUGGGCUGAAGAAAAUUAGUUGUGAAAUAGUCUUCCUCUUUUAACUAAAAAAGGAAGUAACAUAUUCUAUAUAGUUUUUUUCCAUGGCUUAGCUUUAUAGAGUACACAACCUGUGGCAAUAUGUAUGACAUUAUUUUGUGUUUCGCGUUUUGGAUGAUCUGGAUUUAUGUGGCUUCAUUUUGGAAUCAUCAGUGGACUAAUGAGGACCAACCAAAGUGGUGUUUCUAACAGAAGGGGGAGGAGUCAAGCAAAGAUGGUUUUCCAAAGAAGGAUAUGCAAGAUAUGGACUAUACAUUUAAUAGCCCUGUCUGGACGUUCAAUCCUGAUCGGUUUGGGAAAGACUUGCUGUAUUAUGGGCAUUUUGUUUUUAUGUUUGGUUGCCUGGUAAAUAUUUCCAUAAUAUGAUGUAUGAAAGUCACUGUAUAAAGGGACCCAAUACAUACACACAUGGACUCACAGACACUGUAAUGGAUGGAUACAUGUCUUUCACCACUUGAAUCCUUUACAUUUUAGUAAUUAUGAUUGUCAACACUGUUUAUGAUGCUUAUGCUUUCUACUUAUUUAUUACUCUAUUUAAGCAAGUAAUCCAAUUGUAACAUCUUAUCAAGAAAGGCUGAAUAGGAAGAUAAAUAAGAAAAACUGUAGGUGCACUAAUGAAAUUGGAUCUCUGGUUUACAAUAAGUUUCACUUAUGUUAAAAUAACUAUAUUCAUUUAUUGCUUUUUCUGUCAUGAGAAUUCUUGUAAGAGUCUUGUGUGGCUUGCAGUAAUCUUAGGAGUUCUUUCAAAUGGAAUGUUAUCCAAUUGGUAAGUCUUACACUUAAAUAAAGUUGUACUGUAUUUUCUGCAUGCGGACUAAAAUGGACAACAAAGACAGUGUAUUGAGGUUAAUGUUCCGGAAUGUAGGCCUCUUCGACUUCCUUCGCACUUUGUGAUCCCCAUAAGGAAUACAGAAUUCAAGGUUAGCACACUUUUAAAAAAGCCUUCAUUUUUCUUAGUAAAGCCACUUUUGGGACUAUGUUCACACAACGGACAACCAGAAAACCCUCAUACUUGACUGUAUUGUUCCUUUCAGACAGGAAUUAGGCCUACUUAUUUCUGUGUCAUUGUAAUUUCUGUUGUCUGUAACUCUGACAGUGCCAUAUUUUACUUUAUUGUUUAUAAAUCCGGAUGAAAAGUGCAAAAUACUGUGUUUGGAAGGAUAACUGUACUGCAUGCAAUUUCUAUACAAAGCUAUGACACAUAGAUUGUGACAUCCAAUAUGACAUUGACAUGUUUUCCUGUCGACAAUCUGUCCAUACUUUCUGUCUGUUUGCUAUUUUGUAGAACUGGUAAUAAUUGUCAGACUAACAUUUGAUGACAAGAAAGGCUAUAUUGGUCAGCUGACCUUCUUUAUAAGAUAACGUUUGAAUUGUUCCUUCUGAACUCUUUCCUGAGGCCCAUGCGUUUCCAGUCUGACCUUUUGAGUGGACUUAUCUGUCUCCUAUCCCUAAUGCACAACUCAUUCCAAACCUCUCACGUCAGCAGGGAGACUGAUCUAUGAUGUAUUAAACCCUAAACCAUCUACCACAUAUUUUGAAUAUUUUGGGACACCCACACAGAACACAGUGCCCCCCUCCGCUUUUCAUUGUGGGCUACCAUCUCUUUACCUUGCUCUGUCUGUCCUUGCUGUAGCUCCCCUACACCACACUCCUCACUCUCUCUCUUGCUCCCAUCUCAAUCUCUUGUUCCAUCUCGCCACAACCUGGCAACCAUCUUUGACAACCAAAGCUUCUUCUCCCUUUCCCUCAUCUCUUUAGUCUAUUCCCAGAGACAAUGUCAGCCAGGAGGCGUGUAUUAAUAUCCCCAGAGGGGUACAUAGCUGGCAUAGUCCCUCCCCUGACCCUCUCCUAUGGUCCCCUGUGCCCACAAACUCCCCAUCCAUCACUGUGGUGUCCCCUCUACAGGCAUAGCACUGUUAGCUGGGCCCGAGUAUGGCGGCUUGGGAGAGGAACAGAGGGAGUAGGGUUACGGGGAAACUGCUAGCUACCCAUUCUCUCUCUCCAUCUCUCCUUCUCUCUCUCUCUCUCUCUCUCUCUCCCUAUCUCUCCUUCGUUCCUAAGCCAGCUAACCCGCUUCAUAAUCCAAACAGUAGAAGCUGUUGUUUUGGCAUUUGUCUUUAUCUAGGGGUAGAAAUUGGUUGGCAAUACUUAAAAUCGUAUGAAUAGUGUCACAUUUACAAUAAUAUUUGUAUGUAUUGUAAAUAAAACAUACAAAAUGCAAUUCAGAGGUUAAAAUAGAUUUGGGUGUACAUUUCUUGUAUUUGGCACGUGUGUGUAGUGUUCAUUGGGUGCAACUAUUAACAUCCAAACUAAAUGUGUUGUUGACUUUUGUGCCUUACUUUAACCUCCGCAUAUUUAACCUUUGACACCUAACCAUGGCUAUGUUAGCCUUGCUUGGCACACUGUGUCUGCUCCCUUCUCUCUGUGACCAUGGCUGCCAAGUUAGCCUGUUAAAAUGAACAUACUAAAAUAAUAGAGUUCUCAUUGCAAAGGUCCAGAACAUGAACAGCUGCUGUUGAAUAGUAACAUAAGGCUAUGAACUAUUAAGAAAUUCUCAAAGGAAGGAAGGUUUUUUUUUUUUACUGAACUAUAGGAACCCUGCUAUCAUUCCCACCUGUCUUUUCAGGAUUCAGACCAUUCAUAUUGCCUACACGGCUUCCUACAAUAUAAAGGAAACAAUGAAACAAUAUAUAUAACAGUGGUAAGGGUGUGCCCUGCUGUGUUAUUGGAGUGUCUACCAUCCUUAGCGACAAAAAUGUGACCUCUGUGUGACUGACAGAAAUAGAAGUGUCUCUUUGUUUUAUGAUGGCUUCUGUCUCUCUGAAUCCUUCUCAUUCUUCCUCUUGCAAUGCACUUCUCUCUUAUUCCAUUUAAUUCUUUAGCAUGCACACAACAUGAAGAGAACAUGUGACAUUAAGAUAAUGUAAAGUGAAAGAUGCUACCGUAGAUUAUGUAAAAAGAUGAACAGAGAAAAUUGUACUAGACAUUGUUUUAUACUAAUGAAGAAGAUGAUAAUACUGUGUGGGUACAGACACAGUUUUAGCUAGGGUUCGAUUAUUUUUUUAAAUAGGGGUGGCCAUGAGGAUUAGGGGAGGGUCAAGAGGGAGGGCUCUUUCAAGGGGAGGGGCCAUACUCUUUCUGUGAAAUAAAUGCUCUCUCUUGAUCCUGGACUGAGUUUGGUCUCCCCUCUUACCUCUCUGCCUUCCUCCCCCCCCUUUCUCUCUCUCUUUCUCAGUUGUUCAGGAACCAACUCAACCUCCUUCCCACCAGUGAGCCACUCUCUCGUUCUCUUUUGUCUUUGAGUUUUGUUCUUUAAAGUAAAAGCCAAACGAAAAGCAGUAAAAAUGGAAGCCGUCAAGAAGAAGAUGCUGAUGCUGAAACUGGAUAAG